AAGUGUGUUCGUGUAACACUGUACCCUGCACUCUUCUCCCAUAAGAUCAGAUAACCUAAAGACAGACUGAGCUCUCGUAUUGUCUGAAGUCAGAUGUGUUGAUGCAAUAUUGUGAGCUUGUCUCUCUCACAAGAUAACGAGUGUGAUCCGCACUGCGUGUGUGCCCUGUGUCUUCUGUGCUGUCGACGGGCUAUUACGAUUAAAACUCUCGGGGUUCGGUGAUCUCAACAUUCUAUUCUACAUCCUCACGCGGUUCAGUCUGAAUCUUGUCACACACGACGCAGUUUGAAUCUUCUGUCUCCAAAGAUGGCUCUCUCCAUGCAGACCCCGGUGUGUCUGGUUGAUAACGGGCCUGACGGGCACAUGCGUGUCCAGCAGGAGGCGCUGCAGAUCCUGGAGCAGAUCCAGCAGCCGGUGGUGGUGGUGGCCGUGGUGGGGCUCUACCGCACGGGCAAGUCCUACCUCAUGAACCGGCUGGCCGGCAAACACACAGGGUUUGCCCUGGGCAGCACCAUCGAGUCCAAAACCAAAGGAAUCUGGAUGUGGUGUGUACCUCACCCCUCUAAACCAGGAAACACCCUUGUCCUGCUGGACACAGAGGGACUGGGAGAUGUAGACAAGGGAGACUCCAAGCACGACACACAGAUCUUCUCUCUGGCCGUCCUGCUAAGCAGCACUCUGGUUUACAACAGCAGAGGGACCAUCGACAACAGGGCUGUGGAGGACUUGCAAUAUGUAACUGAGCUGGCUGAAUACAUCAAAGUGAAGUCAUCUGAUGAAGAUGGAGACGAUUCCGAGUUUGUGAAGGUCUUCCCCAGCUUCAUCUGGGCCGUGAGGGACUUCACUCUUGAGAGGAAGAUCGACGACAAGGAUGCGACAGAGGAUGAAUACUUAGACUUUGCCCUGAAGCUGAAACCUGGUAACUCUAAAAAGGUGAAUGACCACAACCUUCCUCGGGAAUGCAUCCGGAAGUACUUCCCAUCCCGGAAGUGUUUCACCUUCCCAUUUCCCAGCCGCCCGGAGGACGUGAUCCGUCUGGAGACCUUGUCCCAGUCGGAGAUGGCUCCAGAGUUCCUGGAGGUCACGGAGCGCUUCUGCACUUUCGUCUUCAAUCAGAGCCCUGUGAAGCAGCUGAAGGAUGGACACACUGUCGACGGCAGGAUCCUGGGGCACCUGAUGAAGAUGUACGUGGAGACCAUGUCCAGCGGGGGAGUGCCCUGCUUGGAGAACGCAGUGGUUGCCAUGGCGCAGAUUGAGAAUGAGGCUGCUGUGAAGGAGGGUCUGGAGGUUUACGAGAGUGGCAUGGCACAGCUGACCAUCUACUUCCCCGUGGACCUGCGUGACAUCACCGCCGAACACCAGCGCCUCAACAGCCUGGCAACUGAGGUCUUCAUCAAGCGCUCCUUCAAGGAUGACGAGGGGAAGCACAUUAAGUCUCUGGAGGAGGCUGUUAACAAGCUGUUCAGUAGAUUCCUUCAGCAGAAUGAGGAGGCCUCGGUCCAGAAAUGCAAAAAGGUCCUCACAGGUCUCUCUGCUCCACUGAGGGAAAGACUCCAGCAGGGAUUCUACAUGAAACCCGGAGGAUACCAGCUCUACUGCCAGGACAUGGAGGACAUCGUGAAGAAAUACAAAAGCCAGACCCAGCUGGGAGUCAAGGCUGAAGAUGUGUUGGAGGAGUUUCUGAAGCAGAGGAAGGAGGAGUCCUCAGCCAUCCUGCAAGCUGACCAGAGUCUCAGCGCCAGGGACAAACAGAUCUGCGAGCAGCGUGAGAGAGCCGUGAUGCUGGAGCAGGAGGUGAAGGCUAACGAGGAGCGUCAGCGUCAGCUGGAGGAGCGCAUGCAUGCGGAGCAGAGGAGUAAUGAGGAGCGCAUGCGACAGGUGAAGGAAAAGAUGGAGCAGGAGAUGAGAGAGCAGCGGGAGGAGGCACGACGCGCCACAGAGAGCCAGCUUCGUGAGCAGGCCGCCCUGCUGGAGAAGGGCUUCCAGGAGAAGGCGGACAGGUUGGGCCAGGAAAUGCGUGAGGUCCAGCAGAGAGCCGAGGAGGCUCAGAAGGCCAGGAGCCAGGAAUUCACCCAACUGCUGGAGCAGCAGGAUCGGCGCCACAACGAGGCCAUGGCCAUGAUGAGGCAGCAGAAUGAAGCCAUCUUAAGAUCAGGAGGAGGAGGAGGAGGAGACUGCUGCAUCCUGUGACCACCAGUGACCACCAGCACCUUCAUAUCAUGACCAGCAUAUCAUGACCAGCAUAUAACCCUCUGUCUGUGACUGUACAUGUGUGUGUUGUCCUGUCUGGUACUCUGUUCAUGUGUCUGUUGUCCUGUCUGUAACUCUGUAUGUGUGUCUGUACAUGUGUCUGUGACUCCAUACAUGUGUCUGUUGUCCUGCCUGGUACUCUGUACGUCUCCUGUUGCUGCUGUUUAGUCAUUUGUUGCUGUUGAUAUGUGUCUGUCUGCUGUUGCUGGUGUCAUACUGUAAUUAAUUGUUGACUUAUUUUUACUUUAUUUUUGUUUCAUGAUGUUAUUUUGUACAGCACUGGUCAGUGAAAGCUGUGUUUGAAUGUGCUCUAUAAAUAAAUUUUACUUACUUA